AUACGCAGAUUCAGUCAUGCUUUACUUUUCAGACUUAGUGAGAAUAGACUUUACAUGCAUAAACAACGCUACUGUCAGGUAAAGGAGGCAUCACAACCACUGUCUCACCGACAGCAACCCAAAGUGAAUGGGCUGUUCAGACUCGAUCGUACACUCUAUGAGAUGAGUAGCUUUCAGUGUAAAUGACCAGAGCAGCUGUUGCUUUACUUGUCUAAGAAGAACGUGUGUCCUGGCAAAUGGUACAGCUAAUAAAUGGGGAGGUUUCGCUUUGGAAGCGUUUGAUAAAUGAAGAAUGGUGUGAAAGGGAAAAGCCCCAUUCUAUGUGUGUGUGUGUGUGUGUGUGUGUGUAUGUAUGUAUGUGUGUGCGUGCGUGCGUGCGUGUGUGACGAAAGAAAAACAGAGAGAGAAGAGAAACUGAACUUCAGAUCAUUAGAUUAAUUCAAUCCGCGACAGUUCGCAGUGUUUUUAACCCUUGAGGCAGGUAGCAGGCUACGUGCUGCGCGUUUUUACGUACACGUCCUUCUAUAGGCUCUAGUCAUCCAAUUACAGGAUCCAGCCUAUUUAAUCUGAAUGAAGCAAUGCUUUCGUAACAAGAACUACACCAGGCGCUCGGGUAUUGUAAUGUUAUGUAUUGCCUUUUUUUUAACAGGCUAUCGGAGGAUUGUCUGUGGCCAUUGGUCUGUGUUUAAUUGAACAGUCAGCAUCUUCCGAUUUUUUUUUUUUUGUUUGUUUUUUUGUUUUUGCUUUAUGCACCUGUAACAUGAUUUAAGAUGCCACCAGACUGAUAAAAAAAAAAAAGAUAGAUCGUCUUUAGGGAAGCUCAUUUACGAUCCAUGAUCAUGACCAUGAGCGGUGUUCACACUGAAGCAUCCGCGCCGCUCGACCUGAGAACGACAACAAGAGACAUCACAGAUCGGACUACAAGACAAUCCAAAACACGAGAUCGGACACCAUCGGUCGAGGAGGUGGAGUGCUCUUCCAAAGGAUCUCCUUCCCUUUCUCAUGCGAUUAAACCAGAAAACCGUGAAAGCAGCGAUAUUCAUGAGCAGACUAUCGUACAAUCUAAGGUGAAGUGUGAGAGAUUGACCGACAGUGAUGGCAAGUCGCCGGAGACAUCUACCUCAAAACUUCCGAUAAGAAAGCGUCCUGUCCGUCCGGACCACAAACCUCUGGACCAGGCGGAAAGCACAGUAGGAGAGCCACCGGCCAAAGUUAUAAAGACAGACUCGAGUCCUGGUCUUGCCAAAGCGCCCAAGUGCAGCGGGGUCCGCAAUGGACUGGAGGCGGAGACGCAGCAGUUUGUUCCGAGCCCGGAUCCCGGAGGCGCGCAAAGCAUUAUACAGCUAACGCCAGCAACCACCCAUUACAAUCCAUUCUGUCCACCUACUUUGUGUGGAAGUAUAUUUACCCCGCCUUACCUGUACGAGGAGAGGGAUCGCCUGCGGCGUGAAGUAGAUUUGGCAACACGCCAGGAUGAAGAUGGUGACACGGCUCUACACAUUGCUGUGGCACAGGAGAAAGUGACAGUAGUCCACUGGCUGAUCCACAUUUUGCAUCAGGCACAAAGGGACCUGGACUUGUACAAUAACCUAAGACAGACUCCUCUCCACUUGGCAGUCAUAACACAUCAGCCUGGUGUGGUGGAGGCUUUUCUUAAGGGAGGAGCGGACCCUGGAGCUCUGGACCGUAAUGGACAAACAGCAUUGCAUCUCUGCUGUGAACAACAACAGGAUGCUUGUCUCCGUGUAAUACUUUCCCACUUCUCCCAAUUAUUGUGCUGCCCUUCAGGCUGCCUGAACAGCAAGAACUUUGAAGGCUUAACACCACUUCACCUAGCUGUUCAAGAUGGAAAUAAGAAGAUGGCAAAAAUGUUACUAGACAGUGGAGCUGACAUUAAUGCUGUAGAUGAUAAGAGUGGUCGCAGCCCAUUGAUUCAUGCUGUGGAGAAAGGUUGUAUGGAGAUGAUCAACUUCCUUGUUGAGAAUGGCUGCAAUGUAAACUUACAGUCAUACAGUGGAAAUACAGCCCUUCACAUUGCAUGUGGUCGUGGAGAGGUAGAUGCUGUCAGAGUCCUACUGAAAAACGGAGCAGACAGCAGCCUAAAGAAUUACCAUAAUGACACAGCUGUUAUGGUGGCCAAGAACAAGAAGGUGUCUGAUGUUUUACGUGGAAAGCCUAUACGAACCCACAGUCUGAAAACUCAGAACAGCUUCAAUGGUACGCCAUCUCCAAACAACUUAAGCCUUUCUCCACGGGCUACUCCUAAUCCUCAGCGCAGUGCAUCUCUUUCCCCAACAGUUCUACACACACACUCACCAAACAGUCAAUCUGGUGAAAGCAGAUCAGCGAAUCUGUCACCAAUGGACAUGCAAGAAGCAGAGGAUUUACAAAUGACAUCCAGGACAAUUCAUGAUAUGGUAGCAGUGAACAAUAUGGUGUCCAUUCAUUCUCUUCCUUUUUUUCAAUCACACCCAUAUGACACACUCAUGCCUUCUGGUCCUCACAUGCAUUUAAUGUCAGGUCACUCUCCUUACUAUUCAAAUGUUGUACAAAGACAUAUCUAUCCCACAGAUACACAGUUUAUACUCAUUCCAACCAGGAACGGGCCACCUGUCUCUCGUCGAUCACCAUCCCAGCCUUCUGGUAUGCAGUCACGGCCCUCCAGCCAUAACAGUGAUCAAUCUGACAUAUCUAACUUAAGUGCAAGCACUGGGGAAAAGACAUAAGUCAAAUGUGAAUUGUUUAUACUUGCACAUGUUUUACUGAACAUUGGAUUAGGAGUGCGGAUAGAUGUGGCGGGCCCAUCUUCCUUUUUUUUUUUUUUUUAUAAUGUAGCCUAAAAUUUAUAAUCAGAUAUAUUAUUGUGUUAAUGGCAUAUGAUUUGUUAUGGCUGUAAAAUCUCAUUCUAACGUAGAAGAAAAAUAAAGUUUCCUUUAAAGAUAUAUUUUUGUAAACUAUACUGCAAUAUAAUGCAAUAUAAAAUAUCCUAAUAUAAUGCAAUAUUAGGAAGCACUGAAACCCCUCAUAUUUAUAUGUUUUAUAUAUAUAUAUAUAUAUAGUGUGUGUGUAUGUGUGUGUGUGUAUAUAUAUAUAUAUACACACACACAGGGGUAGCUCAGUGGUUAAGGCAUUGGACUACAGUUCAGAAGGUCCCAGGUUCAAACCCCACAACCACCAAGUUGCCACUGUUGGGGCCCUUGAGCAAGGCCCUCAACUGCUCAGAUGUGUAAUAAGAUAAAAAUGUAAGUCGCUCUGGAUAAGAGCAUCUGCCAAAUGCCGAAAUGUAAAUUUGACAUAAUACAGAUCAUAAGGUUUUGCAAAAACUUGAGUACAUGUCAGCUCAAGUGCACACCAUCAUAUAAGUAAAAAGGGGACAUCACAAAUAUCCACUGUCUUUCAAUUUGCUGUCAUUUAAACAACUUAAUAUUUAUAAGGUAAACUGCUGUAUUAAAUUAUUAAUUAAUUUAAAAGAUUUUCAGACUUUGGGACCCCAACUAUAUGUUCCCUAGGUGUAGAAUCAACUGACUAUAUGACAGUUUAAGCAACUUAACUGUGGAAGUGGCUUAUGUUCAUGGUGUUGUUAUGAAAUGUGAAAGAAAUGUGCAUUGUGCAUUGUGCAUGUGUUUAUACACAUUAUAUUUAUAUAUAUAAAUAUGUUUUCUGUUC